UCUUUCUCUUUUGUGCAAAAUUUUGCUGAUUGCGUCCCUAAUAUGCAGAUUUUUGUGAAGACCCUUACGGGCAAGACCAUCACCCUCGAGGUGGAGUCUUCCGACACCAUUGACAACGUCAAGCAGAAGAUCCAGGACAAGGAGGGUAUUCCCCCAGACCAGCAGCGCCUUAUCUUCGCCGGCAAGCAGCUCGAGGACGGCCGCUCCCUUUCGGACUACAACAUCCAGAAGGAGUCGACUCUUCACCUCGUUCUCCGCCUGCGUGGUGGUGGCAAGAAGCGCAAGAAGAAGGUCUACACUACCCCCAAGAAGAUUGCCCACAAGCACAAGAACGUCAAGCUUGCCAUCCUCAAGUACUACAAGGUCGAUGAGAAUAGCCAGGUUACUCGUCUGCGUCGCGAGUGCCCCAGCGAGUCCUGCGGUGCCGGUGUCUUCAUGGCCUGGCACAAGGAUCGCCAGUACUGCGGCAAGUGCCACCUUACCUACAUUUUCAAGAAGGAGGGUGAGACUGCCUAAGUACAUUUGAUUUUUUAAAUAAAACUCAAAUUUAUUUUCAAGCUAUUUUAUUGCACAUUUCUGCUAGUGAAAAACGCUGUGUUGAUUAGUGCGAGAGCUUGAUUUGCAGCUGGAGUAUAUUUAUUAGGGGGUUUUUGCGUGGAGCUGACGGAACCAGUGCGCGAUGGAUGAUCCAAAAGCCUAAAAAUGCACGUUGACCAAUAAAGGAAUUACUAUCCGUCUGUGCUCAUUUUGUGCACCUUCAAGACAAGAAAAUGUGUUUUGUGGCCUUAAUCGAAUACAUAUGUAAUUAUGAUCACAAGCGAAAAAAA